UUCAAGCGGUUUUUUUUACGAAAUGAAAGCAAUAAUACAGCGAGUAACGAAGGCUUCAGUUUCAGAUACUAGCUAGUGAGUUAUAAUUGUAUUUUUUUUCAAUAAUCAAUAAUGGCAACCGAAAACAAGAUUAUUGCGCAAAACGAGGAUAGCAAAUCAGAAGAGCAAGAUCAAAAAGAUGAAGAAAUUGUGGAAUCUAAUGCAAAGAAUGUAGAAGACAAAAUAGAUAAACCAAAAGUAGACAAAUCAUCCACUCCUAAAAAGGAUGCAUUUAUCAAUCAACAACAGUCACGUGAAAGUCAAACAGAUUCUGAAGAUACAGAAACUGUGGAGCAGUUGAAAAAUCAGUUGGGUGUAUUAAUGAACCAGUUAGCUACUCUAUCAGCGGAAAAAUCGAAAAUGGAAGCGAAUUUUCAAGUCGAUAAGAAGCAAUUGAGAAACGAGCGCGAUGAAUGUGAGAAAGUAAUUAAAGAUCUGAAAGAAAGACUAAAGAAGGCUCAAAAUACCAAUCAUUCCGAAAUCGAACACGUAAAGUGCAAAUUAAUUAUGGAGCGGCACGACAGGGAGAAAGAACGUGCCGAUUUUGUCAAGAAGAUAAAAGAACUACAAAAAUUAGUAUAUGACGAGCAACGCAGCAAAGAGCAAUUGGAAGGGCAAUUGAAGACUCAUCUCGCUAAUAAGACCCAAUGCAAGAUUCUCGAAGCCGAACUUGAGAUCACCAAGAACAAACUUAAACAGGCUGAAGAAGCAGCGAAGGAAACACCGCCGCUUCUUCUUUCCCUACAAGCUGAAAUGGCCAUGAUGAAGAAGCAACAUUUAAAUGCAAUUCGUGAAGAGCAAAAAAGAGCCACUACUGCAGAGCAACAAGCAAGAGGAUCAGCAAUGAUACAUGAAGCAAGAGUGGCUUCUUUAGAGGCUCGAUUAGCUGAACUCUCCGAGAUUGUUGGAAGCUACGAUAGACUGCGACAACAGGAUCAAUUAGCCAUUCAAAAAUUAAAAGACCAGUUAGCUGUUUUGCAAAAUACUGAGCACAGCGACGCCAUAAUGUCGAAUAAUCAGCCAGAGGAAAUUAUUUCCAAGAUAAAGACUCUGUUUACUCGUUUGCUGGAUCUCGAUAAUCAGAAGAAAGAUUCAACAUAUGUAAAAUCGUUACUGAAUAGUUUAGAUCUGCGAGAUGAACAUCUCGAUUACAAGGAGAAGUACGACGCGCUUUUACAAGAAUUUGAAGAUUACAAGCAUCAAAUGAUAUACAAAUAUAACAUGUCUAAUAUUCGUGGUGCUCAACAACAAAGACAGAAUCUGUCUCUGACACAUGAUAAGGAUCAUGAUAAGACUCAAUUGAAUCUCCUCAAAGUGCAUAGUAGCAAUUUAGAGGAAAGGAUACGUAUGAUUAGCAACGAAAUGUUAAAUAAAGAAAGAAAUUUGCAAGAGCAAUUGGAUCAUCAACAAAAAUUGCUUCAAGAGGAACGUUCAAAAUUGGAGCAUACAUUACAUCAGAAAGACAUCGAAUAUCGUAAUAGAAUAUCUAUCUUGGAACAACAAUUACUCCGACAAAGAGAGAGGUCUAUGGCUCUGGUGGAGGAAAAAGAUAAAGAAAUAUUGACUUUAAAAACGUCAUUUCGCGCGUUACUACCUAAUAAAGAGACUGCUGCUGCAACAGAAACUAAAACACAUCUAAAUAGAUACGAGAAUAUUGUCGAACCAGUUACUGAUUUGGUCACAGGAUUACUGACGAACGACAGUCCUCCAAUAUUGCAUUAUACUCAGGAAUUGGCUAGGAAAGAGAUACAAGUGUCAUCUUCAAGGAAAAAGGUUUUGGAAUUGGAAGCAUCGUUAAGAGAACAGCAGAGAGAAAUACUUCAUAUGAAAGAGCAACAACAGGAGGAAACUAAAUCUUUAAAAGCGCAUAUCACUAGGCUGGAAGCAUGCAAGUCGAGAGAAGGUGCCAAUCUGGAAUACUUGAAGAAUGUAUUCAUAAAUUACUUAACAACAAAUGAUGUAUCCAGUAAACGGCACAUGUUAAAUGCUAUUUCAACAGUACUGCGUUUCACAGCAGAUGAGCUUAGUAAAAUCAAACAUUAAUAUUAGAUAUUUUUACUAUUGAUAUAAUAUAUUUCUCACAUAGAAAAAAUAAAUACAUUGGAGCGGAUUUAACUAUGAUUUAAUACUAACAAUAAGAUUAAGUUUCUUCUUGAGCCUUCAAUUCUUCUAAGAGCCGUUUGCGUUCCUCUGCUCUUCUUAAAUUAGAUAAUACAGAACUUUCAAACUCUGCAUCUGAUACCCUUGCUUGCUGCGCCUAUAUAAAUGUAAAAAUAUUACAUAUAACAGAGUAAACAAUAAUUUUAGUUCUGUUACACUGAAUUAAAAUAAUACGUACAAAUAUAUCAGGUGCAGAAGAAAAGCUGAGAGUUGAGCUUAUUUUACUUUUUAUAUGUGUAUUUGUAGGAGAUGGUUUUCCAACGUUUGUACUAUUUGUAGUAGUAGCACUUGAACGAUUUCGUGUAUCCCAUAGACCACGAAGUAUUAGUGGAUUUUCAGCCAAUCCAAUUUCUGCUAAAAGGGCUGUCUCCUGAAACGAAUAUUGCAUUAAAAAAUUUUAUUAUAAAAUUA